AUGUCUUCCCAUCUUGCUUCGUUCUUGGUCCACACGAGCAUUCUCAAGGAGCAUAGCGACCAGGAUGUUGCUGUCAAAAGGUCGACUCUGUCGACAAAAUACAUCGAGCCCCAUUCUUCAAGCGAGGGGACGACCGUCUCGACCAGUUGGCGCACUCACAAGGCUUCUGCCACAACUCAAUGUGAUGGAGACGAUGAUGGCUGGACUCUUGUCUCCAAGGUGAAGCCCACUCAGACAGACACUCAGCAAACGACCACAAUCGACAGCACCAAUCCAGAAGCUACCAACGAUAGGCCGAACAACGCAAUUGUUGCACACAGGAUGGCGGUGAUAGCUCGCGAGAAGUGGGGUAGAUUCCCUGAACGGCCUGAUGCUGAAACAGAUGCCUGUAUCAACAACACCAAUUUCGAUGAUGGUACUCAAGGCAUUACAUACGAUAACUUCACCGUCAACUGCACCGCCUUGAUGUUCGGCGACAGGUGGCAAGGAUGGAAGUGCGACAAAGCCUGUAGAGCCACACUCGGAACCGCAGUACCAGCGGCGCUCUUAACAGCGGUCGGUAAGAAGCUGGCUGAAUCUGACGCGGUCGAGAAACUUCUCCUCGCGAUCCUGGAACUCUUCGAACAACCUGUCAGCUUCUUGCGAAUUGCAAGAUUUUUCAAACAACUUCGCGCUUCGAACUCUCCUCUCAGCGAUCUCAGCAGUCUCAGCAGUGGCGACAGCUGGCCUAGUCCAUCAGAACUUCGGGUGGCGGACUUCUCUGACACAAUCGAUUGGCUCCUGAGUCAAGAGGCCUCGAGGGCAGGUAGAGAAUUUGGUCUCGAUCAGGAGGCGAUAGAGCGGGCCAUAAAUCGCAUGGACGAAUACCAACGUCCGUUCGAGUUCCCUCAUCGCACGCAAUCGGACCCCGGCUAUUACGAUCCUUUUGAAUUCCGCUCCCCGAGAUCAGAAGAACUCUGUAGAAGACUCCUCGACUCAGAUUGGUUCGAUUCCAUGGAAGAGUACGAAAACUACAUACGCAAUCAGAUGGAUGUAGCGGACAUUGCAAGACAUGGGAGAGAAGAGUCUGAAGGAAGCUACCUGCCAGAACAAGAUCUCUACGACUCGGAGGCAAGUAGUCUUGAGGAGCCUCUGUCACCAGAGGAGAUGACAAGAUAUCCUGGUGAAGGACCACCACCUAGCGAAGGGCCUCACGAAGAAGGAUCUCCUAACGAGGAAGGUUCACCCAGCGAGGAGGGCUCACCCAGCGAGGAGGGCUCACCCAGCGAGGAGGGAGCACCCAGCGAGGAGGGAGCACCCGGAGCACCAGGAUCACCUACCGAAGAGGACCAUUUUCUCAGGUCCCAAAUUCCACAUUGCCCAACGCACGGCGGAUCGCCAUCCUGUAUUAUCCACAACAAUGUUCUUCCGGGGACCCAUCUGCUUCCCAAUCAUUUCUCUACACUGAACCCAAAGAAUAACAAAUGA